AUGCCGCCGAAGAAAAAGGGAGGCGCCUCUGAUGCUCCAUCGGAGCGUCUCAUGCUUGGUCGAUUCACCCACAAUCUCAAGAUGGGCAUUGUCGGGAUGCCUAACGUCGGUAAAAGUACCUUUUUUAACACUCUCACCAAGUGCAACGUACCAGCCGAGAACUUUCCGUUCUGCACCAUCGAGCCGAAUGAGGCUCGCGUCCCCGUCCCGGAUGAACGAUUCGACUGGCUCGUCGAUCACUGGAAGCCGGGCUCCAAGGUCUCGGCCUACCUGGAUGUGUGGGACAUUGCCGGUCUGGUGAAAAACGCGUCGCAGGGAGAAGGUUUGGGAAAUGCCUUUUUGUCAAAUAUCCAGGCAGUGGAUGGUAUUUUUCACAUGUGUCGAGCCUUUUCUGAUGCCGACGUGACCCAUGUAGAGGGAGAAGUGGAUCCCAUCCGAGAUUUAGAGAUCAUCUUUCACGAGCUCCGUCUGAAGGAUAUUGAGCGCUUAGAUAAAUUGUUGCCCGACGCUGAACUCAAAGUAACGCGCGCUGGCAACAAGUGUCCGAAGGAGUUGAAGGUUGCGCGGGACACGCUGCUCAAGGCGAAGGAUUGUCUGGAAGGGCAAGAGAAGCCGCUGCGCACAAUUGACUGGACCAAUGCUGAGAUCGAGGUGCUCAACCAGCACUUGUUCCUCACCGCGAAGCCUGCCAUUUUCCUCGUCAAUCUGAGCGAGAAGGACUACGUGCGGCGAAAGAACAAGUGGCUAGGGAAGAUUAAGGAAUGGGUUGAUUCGCACUCAGGGGAACUGAUCAUUCCGUUCUCGGCGUCACUUGAGGGGAAGCUUGUUGACAUCGAAGCCAACGAAAGCAAAGAGGCGGCGGACGCGUACUUGAAGGAGAUUGGGGCUACGAGUGCGCUGGGCAAAAUCAUCAAACUUGGGUAUCGCGGUCUGAGGUUAAUCUAUUUCUUCACCGCUGGGGCUGACGAGGUGAAGUGCUGGACUAUUCGGGACGGGGCGCUAGCACCGCAAGCGGCGGGUACGAUCCAUACCGACUUUGAAAAGGGCUUUGUGUGUGCGGAAGUAAUGACAUAUGACAAUUACAAAGAGCACGGGUCGGAAACGGCUGUGAAAGGUGCCGGACAGUAUAAGCAACAGGGGAAGACAUACCGGGUCAAGGAUGGAGACAUUAUAUUCUUCAAGUUUGGACGGGUGUAGGGUUCUGCGGCAGCUGUUGUGCUGUGAUAAGGUAGUGUGUACAGUCGGAAGCACGAUUUUACGAUUAGUUCUGAAGAAUGCCCUUGUUGCAGUCACUGGCAUUAGGUGCACUUUUUUUAUACACGAACUUUUGCUUU